ACAACCAAUAGUACGCACCAUGUCAGUGAAAGAAUGCACACACCACAAGGACCGGAAGCGUAAAAUCGCCAGGCGCCUCUGUGCCGGACUUCUCAUCUUGCUCUUCCUUAUCCUCCUAACCAUACUCUUAGUAUGGGCAAUCCUUCAACCCAAAAAACCUCGUUUUAUCCUUCAGGAUGCAACAAUCUUCAACUUCAACGUAUCCGCUCCCAAUAUCUUCUCUACAUCAAUACAAAUCACUAUAUUUGCACGUAACCCUAAUGACAAAGUUGGGGUUUACUACGAUAAAAUGAAGACCUAUGCAAAUUAUCAUAACCAGCAAAUUACGUACUAUACUCAAAUUCCGUCAGUUUAUCAAGGUCACAAAGAUGUUAACAUAUGGUCACCAUUUGUUUUCAGUAAUAAUGUUCCAAUUUCUCCUUUAAAUGGACCUGAUUUGAAAUCAGAUCAGCAAAAUGGAGGUGUUUGGCUUGAUUUUAAAGUUGAUGGACGUGUUAAAUGGAGAGUUGGAACUAUUACAACUGGGCAUUAUCAUUUACAUGUUACAUGUACUGCUUAUGUACCGUUUGGAAAUCGACCUGGUGAUGGUGGAAUUAUUGUUGGAAAUAAUGCUAUUAAGUAUCAAAUUGCUCGAAGCUGUGAUGUGAGCGUCUGAUAACGAGAACUUUAGUGCAAUGGAGGACGACGAAGAAGCAGGGGAGUUUUAUUGCUACUGGAAGUAAAAGUAUUUAUUUCUCCUUUUAAUUACUUUUUGGACCAACUUUUAUUCUAUUUUUUGUUUUUAUGCUAUUCACUUUUUUUCUCUUACUUUUUGGUCCUUUAAAGUUGAAUGAACUGUACAUUUUGCUGCUAAAGAAUAAUCUUUGUAUUUGAUCAAUUAUUAUGAGAAACUUACAACUAGUAUAUCAAAGAGAAAUAACAAUAAUUCCUUCUUC